AAUAGAAGAGGGGCAGAGCAAUAGUCAGACAUACACAAAGAACGGCGAAAGUUUUAUAGGAAUUGCUGAAGUUGGAUUUGAGCGAGAAGAGUCAAUACUAUACAGACCUUACAUAUUUCAGUAGCGAUGAAUGACCUCUGUCCUCAUGAACUCCACUCAAGGGAAAAGAGAUGCUACAACUGAUUUUUUUCUGCUUCUUGUUGCCGGCGUCUGAGCAAACUUUUUCUGAGGUCAACAACAUUGACGCAGAACUCUAUGAAAAUGUCACUUUCAUAUGGAAGUUUCCAUUUAAGUUAGAGCCAAACACAACUAUAUUCAUAACCCCAGUCAAUCGUGAAUCUUCAAGUGACGUUAUUAAUCUACGUGGAGGCGUACCAGAAGUAUUCCACCCCUAUGAGGGAAGAGUUCAGCUACUGACACAGCGGUUCCCGGAUGGGGUCGUUGCCCUUAAGAUGAACUCCGUUCGCAUCCCAGACGCAGGAAUAUACCAGUGUGUCAUAAAGAUGCCUACCCAAUCGCCUUACCGUCUUUUAAAUAUAAAACUCAGAGCCCCAUGGAGAGAUAUAAAAAAGAGCAUCUCUGUGAGUGGAGAAGAACGUGUCCUGUUCUGUGAGGCUGAAGGCUAUCCAUUAGCUGCUGUUACCUGGACAGAUGAACAUGGCCACAACCUCACUGUGGCCAAUCCAACAACCUCCCGUACCUCAGAGCAGCUUUGGCACAUCGUCAGCCAGCUGAACGUCAACAUCUCCAGCAGCAGCAGCAGCAGCAACUACACCUGCACCUUCACCGACGACAGAGGAGCUUCUCAGUCCGCCAGCUUUGUCUUUACAGACAGGAAGCAGUCAAGGCAUCACUACGUUUUGCAACCCGUCCUCAUUCUCGCCCUCAUCCUCGCCCUCGUCAUGCUAGUCAUGAUGAAGAAGAGACUUGAGAUGCAUGACCUUUGGCCAUGA